CUUGACAAGAUGGCGCAUGCGGUUGUUUUGCCGCAGGGACACUGAACAAAUUCUAACGUUAUAGUUUAUACUCGGAAACAUUGCGGUAGCGUAUUUGUUAUAAAGUGUUUUUGUUAAUCGCGCAAACCUAACGAGCAUCUACAAUGAAAGGAAAAGAGCGGUCGCCGGUGAAAAAGCGUUCAAGGGCCUUGGAUGAUAUACGAGACAGGGGAGGAAGCCACCCAACCAGUAAGAAAAUGGGGGUGAACUCGAUUUCUGGCGGUGGAAGCAACAACGGCAACAGUUCGUCUAAAAGCGAAGGAGGAUCUGCAAGACGAGGAUUAAUCGGUGAGAAAAGAGACAGUCGAGAUUUUGACGGACAUGUAUCGAGUCGGACUGGAAAUAAUCACGGUUACACCAGCCCGGUUGCAAGCUCGAGCGGCAAGAAUCACGCCUCGAGCCUGUCUUUAGAGGCGGCCGCGCGCACCAAUUCGCGCGGAGAAUCGCGCGCGGCGCUUCCCACGAACGAAAGUGAGUACAAAACUUUAAAAAUCAGCGAGCUCGGCUCCCAGCUGAGCGACGAGGAAAUAGAGGAUGGCCUUUUCCACGAAUUCAAAAAAUUCGGCGACGUAAGUGUCAAAAUCAGCCGUGUUAACGACGAGAGAAUCGCAUUUGUUAACUUCAGGAGACCCGACGAUGCAAGGGCUGCUAAGCACGCGCGAGGCCGGCUGGUGCUGUACGACCGUCCUUUGAAAAUCGAAGCUGUUUAUUUGAAUAGGAGGAGAAGUCGGUCUCCGGUUGACAAGGACCAUUUUUCUGUCGUCGCAGGCCAUAGACAUUUGCAUACUCAGAGGCCACUCUCUCCAACUGGUCUGGGCUACAGGGAUUACAGGUUACAGCAGUUAGCCCUAGGUCGGCUUCCUCCUCCCCCACCCCCGCCAUUACCCAGAGAGCUUGAAAGAGAAAGAGAAUUUGCCUUUUAUGAAGCAAGAGCAAGGCCUGCUUACAUUGCAGAGCGGGCCGCUCCUUUCCGCGAGGAGGACUUCAUCUCUCCAGAGGACGAUCAGAGAGCCAACCGCACACUGUUUCUGGGUAAUUUGGAUAUUACGGUCACUGAAAAUGAUUUGAGAAGAGCUUUUGAAAGAUUUGGGACCAUCACUGAGGUGGACAUUAAAAGACCCACACGGGGCCAAAGCAGCACCUAUGGCUUUCUUAAAUUUGAGAACUUGGACAUGGCCCACAGAGCAAAAAUCAGUAUGUCUGGAAAAAUCGUUGGCCGUAACCCUAUUAAAAUUGGUUAUGGCAAAGCUACCCCGUCUACACGCCUAUGGGUGGGGGGGCUUGGACCUUGGGUUCCUCUGGCUGCAUUAGCAAGGGAAUUUGACCGCUUUGGCACUAUUAGAACUAUAGACUACAGAAAAGGUGAUACCUGGGCUUAUAUUCAGUAUGAAAGCCUGGACGCUGCGCAAGCAGCCUGCACACACAUGCGUGGAUUUCCUCUCGGUGGUCCAGACAGGAGACUAAGGGUGGACUUUGCUGACACAGAGCACCGCUACCAGCAGCAGUUUCUGCAGCCACUUCCUUUGCAACACUAUGAAAUUGUCGCCGAGUCUUUUGUCCACCGUGCCACCCCUGAGGCCAUUAGAGUCAGAGAACGGACUCCUCCACCACUGCACUUCAGAGAACGAGAACUGUAUGCCGGGGCCGAGUGGGCGGCGCCUGCCAUUCGUGAACGUGUCAGAACUCCUGCUUUUGAGCCCCUAGAACACUUGGAACGUGAGCGACGGCGAGAGGCGUGGUCUCUGGAGCGAGAGCUGCCAGGAAGAGACCUUGGGCGUAAACGCAGGCUCAUGGAGGAUGGGAGACAUCUGGAGUGCUCACCUGACAGCAGCAGCGAGUGGGGGUCGCGGCGCCGGAGACCUCCGUCCCUUGAGGGCAGCCCGGGAGGGAGCAGCCGUGAUGGGCGGUUCAGUGACUCUGAGCGGCCAGCGAGAGCAGAUCGAGCGUCCCCGGCACGAGAAAGUCGCAACUGCCUGGACAGAGCAUCUGGUGAGAAACGCAUCAAAAACAGCAGCAGCCUAUCAGAGUCCAGUAUCGGUGCAAGCCCAGCAGAGAGAAAACGUAAAGCGGGUGAUUCAGCCAAAGGUGCCUCCAAAAGAGACCGAUCUGAGAGCGGUUCGAAAAGCAGCCAGGCCUCAAAGCAAGAAGCAGGUGGGAAGCUGAGCAUGGCCUGGAAUGGCAUGUUACUCCUGAAGAACAGUAACUUCCCAGCUAGCAUGCACCUCCUGGAGGGAGAUCUCAACAUCGCCACCAGUCUCCUCAUUGAUGGCAGCACGAGCGGUAAGGUCACUCAACUACGCAUCACACAACGCCUUCGCCUGGACCAGCCCAAGAUCGACGAAGUGUCUCGGCGCAUCAAAGUGGCAGGCCCGGGCGGAUAUGCGGUUCUACUGGCAGUACCAGGCAUCUCGGAGGAGACUUCAUCUUCGGACCCUGCAGCAUCAACACAGAGGCCCCUGCGCAACUUGGUUUCAUACCUGAAGCAAAAGCAGGCAGCUGGGGUCAUCAGUUUACCCGUGGGGGGCAGUAGAGAUAAGGACAACACUGGGGUCCUGCACGCAUUCCCACCCUGUGAUUUCUCUCAGCAGUUCUUAGAUUCAUCUGCGAAAGCUCUUGCCAAAACGGAAGAGGACUUCCUGGUCAUGAUCAUUGUUCGAGGAGCAUCUUAAAAAGUCAUAACACAUGCUUAAGUGUUGUUUAAUGCAAGCUUCUCUAAAUGUCUCUUAAUUGCAUGCUCUGUAAAGCAGAAGUGGUACAACAGUAGAGGGCAUAUUUCAUUACCUGCUCUGCCAAACGUACAAGAAAAGAAAAAAUGGCCCAUUUAUAUAGCAAAAUUUAGUUCAUAUAUAUUUGUUUUCUGUUGCAAGUUUAUUCCGAUGUCUAGUUUUUGAUAAGUUGUCCCCUGCAUACAUUAAUGAAUGGAAUUGGGCAUAUAAGAAUACAAACUUUUUAAUUUGAAAUUGGUAAUUAAACACUCACUAUCAACAUGUAUUUCAGUCAUCCCUGUACAAAAUAAUUUCUGUUCAUGUUGAUUUAUGUGGUUAUCAUUUGAUCUCAUUUAAAGACAUCUUGGGUUCAUGUGACUUGAUGCUUUGAACAAUCAUUUAACAAUGGCAAGUGUAAUAUAGGUAUAUAGUCAUGUAGGCAACCUAAACAGGAAUAAUAUUUUGCUCAUUGAACUGCAUGUUGAUGCUAGUGCUCUACAGUAGACCGUUGCAGAGGUUUAUCCAGCUAAUUGUACAAAGAUAGUCAAUAGAAAAUGUCAUCAGUGUUAUAUUGAUCUAAAAACUAGAAAACAUAUUAACUACCUAAAUUCCCCUAUUGCAUUGAAAAUACAUUGUGAACCUAUUUUCAUGAUAAAGUAAAUAUAUCUAAGCCCUCCUAGACCAAAGCGUAAUGUCAAGGCAAGUGUGUUUAAAGAUAAAAAAAGGUAUUCUGAAAAGUUUCUGUGUUUUGGGUUACAUUUCAAGGUUUUUUGAUGGAUGCAUUCUGGUUUCAAAAAGAGAAAAUCUUGUUCAUUGACUGUUAGAUUUUAUUAUGUGUGUCAGAGGAAUAAUUUGAUUGCAAAAGGUUUUAAUUUAUUUUAUUUUAGUCCAAAAGGACUGUCAAAAAUGUCAGAUAAACAGUUUAUAGUCACAUUAAUAAUGGUAUUCUGGAGGUUUUUUAUUUCACCUAGAAAAUUCAAGUCUGUUAUCAUUUACUCUUAUAUAUUGAAGCUGGAUGGCUUUAUUUGUGUGUGAAAUAUGUGUUUAAUGUCAAUUUUCACAUACAAUUAACAUAUUUGGUAAUUUAGCCUGUCAGUCCUUAACAUUCACUUGAAAUCUUUUUGUGUUAAAUAGGAAAGCCAUAUGGUUUUACAACAUAAGAGUUAGUAAAUGAUAACAGAUUGACUGAACUUUUGGCCUAUAAUAUAUUUAGCCAGAUAUGCUAUGUGAAAAACAAUUGGAUUACAAGGGAACAUAAUGUGUUUAACCAUCUUAAACAAAUGUAAAAAAUCUUGUACAUCUGUACAACUAAAGAAAUUGAUGGCCGUAAGAUUUUGUUGUGCAGCUGUAAGACAGUUCUACAUUUUAUUUUACUGACACCUUAGUUGAAAGUGGAAAAUCAAAUGUUCAAGUAAACAAAAGAGGUUUAUGUUUGAAAUAUUACACAUGUUGUGACAUUGUUCAAGUGGUUUUAAAAUGACAGUAUACUUUCUCUAAAAUCCUGAAAGGGUAAAAUAUGUGUUCUUAGUCUGUUUAGCAAAUUGCAGUGUAUUGAUCAGAUGAAUAACUAACAUCUUUUCAUGUUUGAUUUUUAUAUCUACCCAGAAUUUUGUGUUUUAAAAGUUGAUCAGUUGUUGAUUUAUAUAAUGACACCUUGUUUGUGUACAUGAAUAAGUGGACAUACUGUACCGGACUCACAGGACAGGAAAGUGACCGUUCCACGAGUGCACUUCACAUGGCUGGCACCAGAAAGGAUUGUUUGAAAUAAUUCAGGAGCCCUUUGGAUGCAAGAGGGCAAGAGCUUUCCAUUUAUUGUUAGUUUACUCUCACAGAGAGCAUCUUCCUGCUUGUGUAAUUGUUUUUGUGCUUACGGUUCCCUUAUUUAAACGGAAAUAAUGACACUCUUGAUUUGUGCUGUGUUUACCUGAUUUCUUGAUUGAGAGAAAGAGGAAUCAGUCACUCACACAGCUCUGACGUGGCUGUUUGUACACACAAAAAGUGCACUGGCCCCUCAUUUGGUUAUAUCACGCUGUCAAUAAAUUGUUUCAUUUGAGGAAGAAA